AGGCCGAGACGCCGGAACACCUGGCCGGCACCUCGACGACGCCCUCGUCGGUUACCGGACCGGCUGCUGGUCUGUUCGCCGGGAUCGCGGCCGCCAACAAGAGCGCGAGACCCGACGACUGGCUAUCCACCAAUAGUCCUGGCUCUCCGACCGCCACCCUGCAGAGCCAACACGUCGUAUACACGACUCCGCAGCAACAGCUGACCGAGUCACAGCAACAACCGCCUCUGGCACACUCCAGCCCUCUCGCGCACCAGCAACCAUCAAACAGCAACAACGGAUACGCCAGCCCUAUGAGCACCAGCAGCUACGAUCCUUACAGUCCCAACAGUAAAAUAGGUAGGGACGAGCUGUCGCAGCCUGGCUCUUUGAACGGCUAUGGAAGCAGCGGAGGCGGUGGUGGAGGAGGUGGAGGAGGCGGCGGAGGCGGUGGCAGCGACGGCUGCGAUGCCAGGAAGAAGAAAGGACCCACGCCGCGACAACAGGAAGAGCUGUGUCUCGUCUGUGGCGACCGUGCCUCCGGGUACCAUUACAACGCAUUGACCUGCGAGGGCUGCAAGGGCUUCUUCCGGCGCAGCAUCACCAAGAACGCGGUCUAUCAGUGUAAAUACGGGAACAACUGCGAGAUCGAUAUGUACAUGCGGCGUAAAUGUCAGGAAUGCAGGUUGAAGAAGUGUUUGACGGUCGGCAUGAGGCCGGAGUGCGUCGUGCCCGAGUACCAGUGCGCCGUGAAGCGUCAGGAGAAGAAAGCACAGAAGAUCGUGGGUAUUUCCUUGCAGGAGAAGGACAAACCGAACAGUACAACGAUGAACGGUUCUCCGGGCAGCGGAAUACGCGCCGAACAAAUGGGCGUGAAGACCGAGCCAGCUGAGGCCGAAUCGUUGUCAACGUCCGGAAGUAGCGGUAUCCUAACGCCGGUCAGCCCUUACAGUUACGUGAAACCCAUCACUCCUGAACAGGAGGAACUGAUACAGAGGGUCGUGUACUUCCAGAACGAGUACGAGCAACCCAGUGAAGAAGAUCUCAAGAGGAUCACGAACCAGCCCUCCGAAGGGGAAGACAUCAGUGACUACAAGUUCAGACACAUCACCGAAAUCACGAUCCUGACGGUGCAGUUGAUCGUCGAGUUCUCGAAAAGGUUACCCGGCUUCGAUGAGCUGAUGCGAGAGGAUCAGAUCGCUCUGUUGAAGGCCUGCUCCAGCGAGGUGAUGAUGCUUCGGAUGGCGAGGAAGUACGACGUGCAGACGGACAGCAUAAUAUUCGCUAACAAUCAACCGUACAGCAGGGAGAGCUAUAACCUGGCGGGCAUGGGAGAAACGAUCGAGGAUUUGUUACACUUCUGCCGACAGAUGUACGCCAUGAAGGUGAACAAUGCCGAGUAUGCGUUGCUAACCGCCAUCGUUAUAUUCUCAGAAAGGCCAAACCUGCUGGAAGGUUGGAAAGUGGAGAAGAUCCAGGAGAUCUACCUGGAGGCGUUGAAGGCGUACGUGGACAAUCGGCGCAGGCCGAAGUCCGGUACGAUCUUCGCGAAGCUGUUGUCCGUGUUGACGGAGCUGAGGACCCUCGGCAACCAGAACAGCGAGAUCUGCUUCAGUCUGAAGUUCAAGAACAAAAAGCUGCCACUUUUCCUCGCCGAGAUCUGGGACGUGACACCUUAGUUUGCCCGGUGAACAACCGAUCGUCGGCUGAAUCCUUGUUUCAUCGGUCCGCAAUGACGUUGUCGAGGGACUACGCUGGAGCGCAGCAGCAUCAUCGAGACCCAGACGCGAAGAAAACGUGGACACGUGGAGAGAGAACGAGAGAGAAAGAGAGAGAGAGAACUCCUGUACUAGUGCACCACCAUGCCACUGCCUGAACGCGUUUACAGCGAGUCGACCGGUGUCCCAGGAGCACCGGCUCGUACGAAACUUCGCUUCUUCUCUCAGCUUUGGCUCGAGGGGUUCUCCGUGGCACCUCGACACCGUGAAAAGUUGUACGAGUUCGCUAUGGAUGCAGUUCUCGAGAGGCUGCGCAAAAAUGGUUCAAGCGAAGGCAGUGGCGAGGCACCCAGGCUGUGAUACGUAGAGACAGUACAGAGACUGUAAUAAGGAGCUACCUACAGUUAUGUUAUUACUAUAUCCUCUUACCUGGCUACCCCCGGAAUCGAUAUGUAAAUGUAUAAUGUAUAAUGUAUAAGGUAUCGACUAAGGCGGGCGUGUUGUACGAGCAGAUCGAGCGAGUACGAAUCUAAUUAAGAGCUAAGGACGCGGAAUGCAUGUGUGCGUGUGAAAGAAUGCGAGCGCGUGAGUGUGAACCGUAUGCGUGCGGACAAUUCGGCUGAGAUGCGACCACUGAUGACGGAGAGAAAAAUCGCACUUAAGUUUGUGGAAAAGGAAGAGUAAGGCGGGUCAGCUGUUGAGCAGCGAACUCGGCCGACACGCGAAUCGAGUGCGAAUUAACAAAGAAAAUAAUGAUGAUGAUAAUGAAAUAACAGAUGAUACGAUUAUACAUAAUGAUACCAUAGAGUCUAUAUCACAACACAUAGCAUAAUAAUAUAUUGCUAGCAUGUACACAUUGUUUAUACGUGAUGAGGAAAGAGAAAAGGCGCGAUAGAAGUGGAUCAAAACGCGGGAAGGAAACGGGGUUAAUCCGCCGAUGGAUAUACAUAAACGAGGUUUGGCAUUUGCGCGUAUCCGGGUUUUCUUUUUUCGCGAACUGUGCGUGGCAAGUAAAGGUAAUCCAGAGAAAGAGAGAACGAGCGAGCGAGAGAGAGAGAGAAAGAGAGUAAGCGUUAGUAGCAACAUAGGAAGUUAAGUAAAAAGUAAAAGUAAGCGAGGCUAGUUGGUAGUAGGUCGUAGUAAGUCAGUGAAGCUAGGCUAGGUGGACCGAGUUCAAGUGCAAAGCCUUGUGCCUUCAGCAGCGGACAUCGGCUCACCGACAAACGAAAGCAUGAAAUUUAACCGUCCGUUUUAAUUUUUUAAUAAAAAAAAAAGAAAAGAAAAAUCAACAAAAUCAAGUAAAAUAUUGUAAAUCUGUGCAGAGAGAGAGAGAAUGAGAGAGAGGGAGAGUAUGGUGUGACGAGGACAGAUAAUGGUUCAGACCGGUGAGAAAGAUGGAGAGGAUGAAAGCAACGGUGAUGAAAGAACGAAUGAAUGAGCAAAGGAAAGGAGCAGGUUUCGCGAGAAAUUUGACAAGAACCGGAAACAAAGAUCUUUCUAAGGAGAAACACGGAACAGGGUCGCGCUAGAAGCUUUAGGGGAGUUCGAUGGGACGAUAUUUGCUCGACAACUUGGGUCGACAGGACCGCUGUGACAUAAUAUGCUAGCAUAAAAAACACAUUCGAUCGUUACGAGAAUCAAGUUGCUUCUGAGACUGACUUUCAAUCUGGCUCGUACAUCAAUGGAGAGUGAGACGAACACACACAACACACACGUACACAUAUUCACACUCGUACACGAGCGCGUGCGCACAUUCGUAGACACUUACCUUAGUCCAGAGAAUCGGCGAACUGGAAAGAUCUAGAAGACACUCGUUUGUCAACGCGAGGAUUACGCUAAGAUUCUCAAUGUUGUAACACUGUAAUUCUAUGCUAUUAACUGAUUAUAUUCCGUAGUAAGUUAAACGAAAAUUCGUGUAAAUGUGUAACGAGGAAGACGAAGAACGAUCAAGGCUGGAAUAAAACACGAAGAGAAAGUAAUCGAAUCAGACACGAGAAUGGAAUGACUAAGUACUUCGCCUUGGACGAAUAGAAACAUCCUACACGCGUAUCGUGUUUUACUAUUGUACAGUUAUACCAAUCGCACGUUGGCGGCGUGUCACUAUACUCAAAGUAAUAACGUCGUUUCUCUUCAGCCUCGUCGGUUCGAUGCCUCGAAGGGAUCGCCUCGUCGACGCCUCGGACCUAACUCGAUUUUACCACGAUAAAAGAACUGUCUAACGUAAGAACCUGCCUCCGGGCAGACACUGCCACAUCGCAGAACAGCAUAGACGAAGACAGAGGACCCGAGGAAGAAGAACGCGAGAACCAUCACCGCCAUCGCUCCGCCGACGUGCCGGCCGCUUCAACUUCAAGGCGGCACGAGCUGUUCUCCAGAACUAGAAGAAUAACUUUAAGGAACAUCUCAGAGCGUUGCUGGAAGUCGUCAUCUUUGUCUGUUGGACUUGAUCCAGGCUACGCUCGUGGGGCGUUCUAACGAAGGAUAGAGUCAGGAUUUGCAAUAACGACAUAAUCCGAAGGAAGAAAUUUAAAACGAUCUCAAUAAAGGAACUCCUAGCCAGCAACGCGUCCAUACGAAGAGGACACAUGUACAAAAACACAUCACCAUGGAACACCUGCACACACCUGUACUCCGCAUUGCUGUAACUCACUCUAACGUUAUCGAGUGCUUUCAGACACGCCGUUUUUUGCUAUAGACGCAGCGAAAAACGAAGGAUGAAUUGCCUAUUUGUUAUUAUACAUCUCGUAAAAGUAGUGGCCAUCGUCGGCCCGUGGCAGAUGUCCUUAUUGAAGCUCCACGGACCGACGAUGUCAUGUUCGUUCGAACGGUAGCAUUCUUGAAAAGAAUUAACUUUUAAGCGUGUGCUCGCGCGCGACAGGACAGCUUUGUUAAGUCUUCGACUCGCUUCAAAAGUGAACACCAUGCAAUGAUGUACACUCAGGAUAGGGGAUGACCUUUGUAAAAGAGAUUGUGCUCUCCCAUGCGGGACACGGUUAAUUUUGUAUUUCGAGUCGAGCUCUUCCAUUUCUAGAAUCAUUUUUAUACAAUGAACUUCCUACGAAGCUUCUUGUAAUAUUGUUCAAAUUCUAUUACACGUUGUUUAUUCUGGAUUAGCUGCAUUUCUUUUUUCCAGCCUCAAAUUGUGCAAUAUAGACAGCCUGCUGGAACUGUCCAGUCCAGCAUGGGAGAAGGUCAGGAACGUUCUCGAAGGAUCGGCGCUAGGGUUUGGCGCCCCUGAUCUAAUCUCCAGUAGACUCAAAACGUUAGAGGCUAAAAGUUCUUUAAAUUUGUGCAAUUUGGAAACCUAAGAAUUUGAAAAUUGCAUUUAAAUAUAGCAAGAGUCUACUGUGUCAUGAAAUUUAAGAGUACACGUUUCUUUGGACACAAUUUUUGCUACAGGGUCGUACAAAUGUUCGCGCCAGUCCUGUACAUUGUAUCAAGAAAAUCACGAACCGUCGACGGCAGGUCGCGUCAUCGUUUCAUUUCCCAUAGUGCUUAGAAUCGCCCUGUUGACAGGCAUUUUCCUAUCGAAGGACGCAGUCCCCUGAUUCCCAACAUGGCGUCGUUAGUUGCCGCGUCGAGCGCCAGGUGGCGUUCGAAAACGCGGGAUCCGAAGAACACGGACAGGUUUUAAGACGGGAGAGGAAUCAAGGUGAACCGCAUCCUUCGGCAAAUCAGAAACCGGUCACACGUUGCUCCGUGGGUGAACCGAAAGGAAUCGAAGGCGAAAGACAGAGAGAGUGAGAGGAGAGAAGGCGGGAGAGAGAGCGAGUGGAAGGGUACGAGCGACAAUCCACGUUCACAUACAUGCAGAGAGAUAACACACGUACACACACUCACACACACGCGAACGAAAGAAAUACUAUAUACAUUCAAUUCUACGAUCACUGCCAAGGGCGUUUUAAACCGUCGACGUCGAUUUCUCAUUGUCUAAACGUAUCGUUUUAGUCGUCGUCGUCGUUUUCUCGAGAAGCUGCUGCAAAACGAUUCUAAUUAUACGAAAAGAAGGACACUACCAUUUGCUCGUCACAGGCGACACCUAGAGAUAUUUAAGCGAUAAAAACGAAAAAAAAAAAAUGCAAAAAAUAUAUAUUAUUAUAUAUACAUAUAUACACAUAUAUGUAUAUAGUAUGUGCGCCCGUUCGAAUUUUCUCGCGAGCGAUUGUUCAUGAUAACUGCCAAGCGUAGACUCGAGUUUCUCUGUUUUUUAAGGGACAAAACUAUAAUACUCCUUUUGAAUGUGUCGUUGAACCAUACACAGCCAUGCACAGAAACGCGCCAUACGAACAAACACACACACACACACCGAUUACACAAUGUGAAUAUGUGUCAUAUGUAUGCGCAUCGUGCCGCAAUCUCUCUUGUUUGUCUGUUUGUCCGCCCAGGUACCCUGAUCUGUCCGUUUCUCCUAGAUGUCUCUUUUCGCCUCUUGUACAUACUAAUAGAGCUGAUGUACGUCGUCACGAUAUAGCGUGGAGUUAUUCACAAAUCGAUUUACGACCUUGUUGUAUCGCGGCGGGUACUGUACAUGUGUAAAUAUAUCAGGCAUCUGAUCAUCCACGGUGACUUUGCCAAACGCGACCAAAGGCUGCAAAUCUGUUUUCAGAACUUAAUUUCUAUCUUCGCAAUUUUGUACCCCGGGACAGUUUGAAAUUUUUGGGAAUUUGUAGGCUUUUAUUGAUAUGUCCGUUUGCAAAAUUUAAUAUUUCAGUGGAAAUCUUGAUUUGAUUAAAAAUUUCGUCUUGGUAUUACGUCGGUGGUUGCUGAUUUUUUAAAUGCUGUUUGUAGUCUUUUGAUAUGAAAGUUUGCAGAAUUUAAUGUUUCAGUGGAAGUCUUGAUUUGGUCAAAAAUUUCAUCUUGGUAUUACGUCGAUGAUUGCUGAUUUUUUAAAUGCUAUUUGUAGUCUUUUGAUGUGAAAGUUCGUUUGUAAAAUUUAAUAUUUCAGUGAAAAUCUUGAUUUGGUAAAAAAUUUCAUCUUGGUAUUACGUCGAUGAUUGCUGAUUUUUUAAAUGCAAUUUGUAGUCUUUUGAUAUGAAAAUUCGUUUGCAAAAUUUAAUAUUUCAGUGGAAGUCUUGAUUUGGUCAAAAAUUUCAUCCUGGUAUUACGUCGACGAUUGCUGAUUUUUUAAAUGCUGUUUGUAGUCUUCUGAUAUGAAAGUUCGUUUGCAAAAUUUAAUAUUUCAGUGGAAGUCUUGAUUUGGUCAAAAAUUUCAUCAUGGUAUUACUUGGAUAAUUGCUGAUUUUCGAACUGCUAUUGAUACAGUAGCUGAAAGCAGAGAAUUAAGCAUUGAAACGUUCGAUCCCGGGGUAACAGCUGUGUGUGUUAUGGUCCCUGCGAAGUGGGUAAUAUUACUUACUCGGGUCCGAAGUCAGAAAACUCAGUUUUUGCAGCCUCUCGUCGCGUUAUCUCACCGUGCAGCGUAACCUGAUACUUUCGUUGCUUGUAAGAAAGUUCGUAGUUGGUAUUUUCUUAUUGGACGGCAACGUUUCGGCAAGAAAAAACUAGAGCGAACCGUGAAAGAAUGCUAGAGCGAGGAAGAUGGUUCUUGUUAUAUUAAAUCGCGAAAUGGAGGGAGUUUUAAUUUAUUGGAAGCUGUAGAAACGAAGAGAACAAGGAACGAAGGAAGCUUAUAAGCUCUGAAGAUUAUUAUAAAUAAAGUUAAAUGAUUAUACUUUGUUAUGGUAGUUUUAUGCAUUAUUUUCUGAUUACUCUGGAACGCGUCUCGUUCCCUUUUCAUUUUUUUUUUGUACAUAAUUGUAACGAGAGAAAUGUAAGGAGCCCUGAGAAUUUUCAUCGAGAUUCUUCGUCCCUUUUUGAAAUUUCGAGAAAUUCCACGUUUGUUUGCAUCUUGAACGCCAUUGCUCAAUUUUUCAAAAUUUCAUUUCGCUUCUCGAUAUCGUAACGGUGAAACGGCAAUAAGUUAGUAUCGUAUAGUUCGCGGGAAAAAAUCGGUUUUCGUCGCGUUGUUUUGCAACUCUACUUCAUAAGCGACUCGUGAGUAAUAUAAGCUGACUUAUUAACGAUCGAGUUGAAUAGUAGCGACCGAUACUCUGCAACAACUGUAACGAUAAUCGACUAACAAAAUUUUCGGGGCUGCCAAUACUAACACCAAAACGUACAAAAUUUUUCAUCACACAAGCGAGCUGUUCAAUAGAUCGACUAUAAAAAUAAGAUACUACGACUAACAAUCGCUGCUUAGGCAUAAUACGAGUAAGUCCGAAGGAACGAGAGAGAAAGAACAUAAAAAAAAAAUGUUAUAUAGUGGCGACGAGUAGCGGUGGAAAAGAGAAAUUAACGAAAAGGAAAAAAAACGUGGCACGAUAAACCGAGAGAAAAAAAGAGGACAGAGUUACUAACUAUUAUUGUAUAGUACUGAUUAUCGUACAAAUUAUUGUCUCCAGACUUUUAAGAGAAAAAAAGAAAAAAAAAGAAACGAUACCGUCGUCGCUUGUCACAGGACCUGCCCUCGUCGGAUGUGCACCCGGUCGACUUACUACUACUACUACUAUUGCUACUAUUUAUUGCUAUUAUUGCUCCUGUUACUGCUGUUAUUAUUACUAUUGUAACACGUAAACACUAACGUUUGUACUUGCAUCACGGGGAACGCACGCAAAAUGAACGAACACACGAUACACGACACAAUGGUACGAUCGAUCGAGAAGUAUAGUUAAGUAUAGUUGGGACGUGGUUAUGUAUUUUUGGGUAUAUAACUAUUUGGACGCAGUGAACGUUUCAAUUUGGUUAUGGAAAUUUGUUUGUAUAGUCGGGAGGUAUAGUUGGAACUUUAUAGUUGAUUGGGUUGGAAUUUAGUAUUUGGUUUGUGUGAGACAGAGUUGGGAUUGUAACUAUAGUUCAUUUGUAUGGGCAUAGUUUUAACUAUAGUUCAUUUGUAUGGGCAUAGUUUUAACUAUAGUUGAUUUGUGUCGGUAUAGUUUCAACUAUAUUUGAUUUCUGUCUGAAGAGUUUUAAUUAUAGUUGGUUUGUAUCGGUACAAUUUUAACUAUGGGUGAUUUGUAUCAGCACAGUCUUAACUAUAGUUGACUUGUAUUGGUAUAAUUUUAAAUAUAGUUGAUUUGCAUCAGUCUAGUUUGGACUAUGGUUCAUUUGUAUUGAUACAAUUUUGACUAUAACUGAUUUGUAUCAGUAUAGUUUGAACUAUACUUGAUUUGUAUCAAUACAAUUUUAACUAUAGAUGAUUUGUAUCGUUAUAGUUUGGACUAUAGUUGAUUGUAUCAGUCUAGCUUGAACUAUACUUGAUUUGUAUCAAUACAAUUUUAACUAUAGAUGAUUUGUAUCGUUAUAGUUUGGACUAUAGUUGAUUGUAUCAGUCUAGCUUGAACUAUACUUGAUUUGUAUCAAUACAAUUUUAACUAUAGAUGAUUUGUAUCGUUAUAGUUUGGACUAUAGUUGAUUGUAUCAGUCUAGCUUGAACUAUACUUGAUUUGUAUCAAUACAAUUUUAACUAUAGAUGAUUUGUAUCGUUAUAGUUUGGACUAUAGUUGAUUGUAUCAGUCUAGCUUGAACUAUACUUGAUUUGUAUCAAUACAAUUUUAACUAUAGAUGAUUUGUAUCGUUAUAGUUUGGACUAUAGUUGAUUGUAUCAGUCUAGCUUGAACUAUACUUGAUUUGUAUCAAUACAAUUUUAACUAUAGAUGAUUUGUAUCGUUAUAGUUUGGACUAUAGUUGAUUGUAUCAGUCUAGCUUGAACUAUACUUGAUUUGUAUCAAUACAAUUUUAACUAUAGAUGAUUUGUAUCGUUAUAGUUUGGACUAUAGUUGAUUUGUAUCAGUCUAGUUGGAACUAUAGUUGAUUUGUAUCAGUCUAGUUUGAACUAUAGUUGAUUUGUAUCAGUCAAGUUUGAAUUAUAGUUGAUUUGUAUCGAUAUAAUUGUAACUGUAACUGAUUUGUAUCGUUAUAGUUUGGACUAUAGUUGAUUGUAUCAGUAUAGUUUGAUCUAUAGUUGAUUUGUAUCAGUCCAGUUUGAAUUAUAGUUGAUUUGUAUCGAUAUAAUUUUAACUGUAACUGAUUUGUAUCAGUCUAGUUUGAACUAUAGUUGAUUUCUAUGCAUACAAUUUUAUCUAUAGAUGAUUUUAUCGUUAUAGUUUGGACUAUAGUUGAUUUGUAUCAGUCUAGUUUGGACUAUAAUUGAUUUGUAUCAGUCUAGUUUGAACUAUAGUUGAUUUGUAUCAAUUUAGUUUGGUCUAUAGUUGACUUGUAUCAGUCUAGUUUGAGCUAUAGUUGAUUUGUAUCAGUUUAGUCUAAACUAUAGUUGAUUUUUAUCAAUAUAGUUUGAGCUGUAGUUGAUUUGUAUCAGUCUAGUUUGAACUAUAGUUGAUUUUUACCAGUCUAGUUCGAGCUAUAGUUGAUUUGUAUCGGUUUAGUCUGAACUGUAGUAUAUUUGUAUUAAUAUAGUUUGAACUAUAGUUGAUUUGUAUCGAUACAAUUUGAACUAUAGAUGACUUGUAUCGGUGCGUUUGGAAGUAUAGUUGAUUCGUAUCGGUAGAAUUUCAACUAUAGUCGAUUUGUGUCAGUAUACGUUUAACUAUAGUUGUUUCGUAUCAUUAUAGUUUGCACUAUAAUCGAUUUCCAUCGCUAUAACUUGAACUAUAGUUGACUUCUAUCGACAUACUUGCAACUAUACUUAACACAGAUGAUUUCUAAUUCCCUGCCUCUUUUGUCCAACUAUAGUUUCCUAAUUAACCACUCUAUAAUAAAUUCCCACAACUAUACUCUUUCACAAAUACAUAAUCUUCCAGACCUCCACAAGUUACAAUAUUACUUAAAAAAGUAAAAAAUAACUAUACGCAACUAUACUAUCGAUACUCGAUCAGUUGUACAAUACACGGUACACCGAGCGUGAACCUGUUCGAAGAACACGAAGAAAAUUAAUCUAAAAAGCGCGUCCCGUAUCUUCUACUUAGCAUUUACUAUACCUAACUAUUAUAAAGAAGUACUACUAUUGUAAAUUAUCGAAAUUAUUGUUAAAGAAAAUUGAGAAUUCGGUGUGAAAUUAGAUGAAACUGGGCGUAGGCUCCUUUCGUUUCACCUUUUCUUUUUUUAGUCGUAAGAAAUCGAAAAUGUCGUGGUCGGGACACAGAGUCGGCCAUAUUGGAAUGAAAGAAACUAUUUAACGAAUUGGUGCUUUGGAAUGUAUUAGACUGAACAAAAAAAUUAUUGUUGUACGUUUUAAACGAAAACGAAAAAAAAAAAAUUGAAAAACAAGUCGACUUGAUUGGGAGUUCUUUUGCUCCGCAUUCAAUUAAUAAUUGGUAAUUGAUCAUUUCUAUUUGGAGCGUUUUAUAUAUAUACAAUAUAUAUUAUAUAUUCGCUAGGUUGCACACAAAGACACACACACAUAUACACGAACACUACACUAAUAUAUUGCGAACAGUGGUGGGAAUCAAAUCGCCUUUUGUGAUUGGAAAGUUGUUUCUAAGAAAGUUAUUUUAAAUCGGUUAUCGAUACGUCGACGCAUCCUUUUCGUUCCAAGCGACGGUACUCGACGUGUCGAACGACAAAAAAUAUCGACCGAAUUAUCGCGUAUAGCGCGGGCAAAUUUUAAUGAAACAUUUGUGAUUCUAGUAGGUUAGAUUUGUUAGAUUCGAUUGUAUUUCGAGAAUUAUCUAAAUUCUUUUUAGAGCGUAUAUUCGUUGUCAAUUCAAAUUUCGCGGCGUUGUUCCUGUUUUCUCGUAACCGAUCUCGAACGCGCGGGAAAUUCAAACGGCGGUUCUCACUUUUCUCCAAAUUCUGUUAUAUUCGCGAAUCAAAAUUGAGAAUCGCCGACGUUCGAGUCAAAAUUUCUAUCGUCGUUGCAAUUUUAUUAGACGUACUUUCGACUGAGUCUUUGCAAAUAACUAGUUUGAAUAAUUUGCGGGUUUUUCGAUAGGCGAGUGUUGGAUCGGGCGAAAAGAUAAAUGGUCGCGUUGCGAUUCCCAGCACUAACUUUUCACACGUGUGUAUACAACAUGAACGUGCGAAUUUGA